AUGAAGGAAAGAAUGGAACAUGCAAAAGAUGUACGAAUGCAGAAUAGGAACUCACAAAUGGGGAUGAAGCUGGAGUAUAUACCAUCAAGCCACAGAGAAGGUAAGCUGGUAAUACAGAUUGAAGAAGAAGAUGUGAAUGAAUUAAAUGAGUAUUGGGACAAUGCUGUAAUUGGGUAUGUACUUGGGGAUACACCAUAUGAGAAAUCGAUGGUGAAUUACAUUGAAACAAUCUGGGACUUUGUAGAUAAACCUCAAGUAUUAUAUCAUCAAGAGGGAUAUUAUGUUUUCAGAUUUGGGAAAAGGGAGGAUAAGGAAGCUGUAAUGCAGGCAGGGCCAUAUACUUAUCAUAAUAAACCGUUGAUUUUGCAAAAUUGGGAAAGAGAUUUUCACUUUGAUCCUAAGUGUAUUACAACUAUACCAUUAUGGAUACAAUUGCCUAACUUAUCAGUUGGAUACUGGACAGCAGAUGCAUUAAGUAAGGUGGCAAGUGCUGUGGGAAUGCCAAUGUAUACAGACAGAUACACAGCUGAUUUAGGGAAGAUUUCAUUUGCAAGAAUGCUUGUGAAAGUGGACAUUACAAAACCCUUGGUGGAGACAGUUGAAAUCAUUACUCCAACUUGUGUGAAGCAGCAGGAAAUAGUGUAUGAAUGGAGGCCAAAAUUUUGUUCUGAGUGCUUGCAUUUGGGCAUGAAUUGA